GCUGUGGAGGAAACCCCCCAUCGGAUCUGACCAUUUUAUCCAUACAUUUCUUUUUCCCAUCUCCACCGCGGCGCGGCUGAGUGGGGAUCACACCAAACCAGUGAGUCUAGGAUGGUCAAGCACCCAGGAGAGGAUUAGUAAUUGAGCACGAUUUGCGUAAAAAGUCAGGUGUCAGAUUUUUUGGGGGGAAGGGGGGGUGAUCAUUUGGCAGCUUCGCCCCCACUCGUUUUGCUUUACAUUUUUUAUUGGUUGUAGUAGUAUUUUUUUCUACCCAUCAUCCGUUUUAUUUCAAGCGCGCAAAGUCACAUCUGCGUAGGAGAGCGCUUGGCGCACUUCUUCCCCAAAGGACAGAGACAAGAUCUCCAUUAUUCUGUUUGGAUUUAAACCGGACGAUUGGCUGAAUGGGUGACCUCGCUGAAACACAGACUAUCACUGGCUUCCACCCAUUUUAUGGAAACGUGUUCUCUUUAUUGACCCGGAGUUGUGAUGUCCAAAGCCUUCCCCACUGACUGACAAACGGCGUCGUACCAUUUUGGAAUCGAAUUGAAGGCUGUGAGGACGGGGGGAAGAUGAGACCUCCCAGCCCUCUGGUGAUCCUGCUGUACGUCACGCUGUCCAAGAGUCUAAAGGUGGUCUCUAAGAGAGGCUCAGUCUCAGGGUGGGCCUUGUUUAACCUUGCAGUUCCCAAUUUUCCUACAGUGGAUGGCUGUACAGAUUGGUCAGUGGACUAUCUAAAGUACCGGGUGCUACAGGGUGAGCCAGUGCGGCUAAAGUGUGCUCUGUUCUAUGGUUAUAUCCGGGCAAACUACAGCCAGGCACAGAGUGUGGGCCUCAGCCUCAUGUGGUACCGCAGCUCCGGCCUUGGCCACAGUGACUUUGAGGAGCCCAUUUCUUUCGAUGGCGUGCGCAUGAGCAAGGAGGAGGACGCCAUCUGGUUCAGACCUGCUGACCUCCAGGAUGUGGGCCUCUAUUCCUGUGUCUUACGGAACUCCACAUACUGCAUGAAGGUCUCCAUGUCUCUCACUGUGGCAGAGAAUGACACAAACCUGUGCUACAACUCCAACAUGAGACGAGCUGAGAAGGCUGAGCUCAGCAAGACUAAAGAUAUCCUCUGCCCUGAUAUCGAUGACUAUGUUGAGCCUGGCAAAGACCCAGACAUUACCUGGUACAAGGAAUGCCAUCCAAAGCAGUGGCGCGCUAGCAUCAUCCAGAAGAGAGAUAUUCUGUCUUUCCAGGAGGUAAAGGAAGAUGACAUUGGAAAUUACACCUGUGAAGUCCAGUUUGGUGGCUUUGUGGUCAGGAGGACGACUGAGCUCACCGUCACAGCUCCUUUGACCGACAAGCCGCCAAAGAUCCUGUUUCCUUCAGAAAACAAGAUCACCAACAUGGAGCUGCAGCUAGGAAGUGCUUUGAACCUGACUUGCCGGGCUUUUUUCGGCUACAGCGGCGACGUCAGCCCGCUCAUCUACUGGAUGAAGGGAGAGAAGUUCAUAGAGGAUCUGGAUGAAGAGAGAGUCCAGGAGAGUGACAUCAAGGUUGUCAAAGAGCAUCUCGGUGAGCAGGAAGUAGCCAUUUCCUUGACAAUUGACUCAUUGGAAGAGGAGGACCUAGGAAAUUAUUCCUGUUAUGUGGAAAACGGUAACGGCCGUCGCCAAGCUACCAUCCAGCUCUUCAGGCGAGCAGAGCUCAUGUACACCGUGGAGCUGGCAGGAGGGCUUGGGGCGAUCCUGCUGCUACUCAUCUUCCUCAUCUCCCUAUACAAAUGCUACAAGAUUGAGCUGAUGCUUUUCUAUAGGAGGCACUUUGGCAGCGAGGACAUGGAUGGAGAAAACAAAGACUACGAUGCGUACCUGUCCUACACCAAAGUGGACCCUGACCAGUGGAGUCAGGAGACCAGGGAGGAGGAACGUUUUGCCCUGGAGAUCCUCCCUGAUGUGCUGGAGAAACAUUACGGCUACAAACUCUUCAUCCCAGAUCGAGACCUCAUUCCAACAGGAAGUCUCACCAAUGAGCAUUACCAGGAUGACACUCGACUCUUUGGAGCCUACAUAGAGGACGUGGCACGCUGUGUAGAUCAGAGCAAGCGCCUCAUUAUAGUUAUGACACCCAACUAUGUCGUGCGGAGAGGCUGGAGCAUCUUUGAGCUGGAGACACGGCUGCGCAACAUGCUGGUGACCGGCGAGAUCAAGGUCAUCCUGAUUGAGUGUGCCGAAUUGCGCGGCAUCAUGAACUACCAGGAAGUGGAGGCUCUCAAGCAUACCAUUAAAACCCUCACUGUCAUCAAGUGGCGUGGCCCCAAGAGCAACAAGCUCAGCUCCAAGUUCUGGAAGCAGCUGCAGUACGAGAUGCCGUUCAGACGCACAGAGCCCAUGCUCACCCACGAGCCGGCGCUGGACGUCAGCGAGCAGGGCCCCUUCGGAGAGCUGCAGACCGUCUCUGCCAUCUCCAUGGCAGCAGCCACCUCCACCGCCAUGGCCACCGCCCACCCAGAGCUGCGUUCCUCUUUCCACAACACCUACCACACCACCAUGAGGCAGAAACACUACUACCGCAGCUACGAGUACGACAUACCCCCAGGAGGGACCCUGCCACCUCUGUCCUCUCUAGGGAACCAGCACACCUACUGCAACAUCCCACUAACACUGCUGAACGGACAGAGGCCUCCUGGGAAGAGCCGAGAGCACAGCCUCGAGGAGGCACAUGCUAACAACGCCAUGCUCCCUCUGCUGCCGAGAGAAACCAGCAUCUCCAGCGUCAUCUGGUAGUGAUGAGCAGAAUCAGCUGUAGGAAAAUCAGUCAGGGUCAGACAUGGCUAGGCUCAGUCUGGUAGCUCUUAGGAACACAGUCAAUGGUCAUGAUGACAGCGAGAAGUGUUUUGGAUCCAUUUGGUUCCUCGUUGUUAACUGGCAGCAAGUCAUGGAGAUACAGCAGGUUUUUGGACUCUGUCUCCCUCUUUUUGUUUUGUUUUUUUUCAAGUGGACAGCACCUCCGUUACAGGAGAUGUUUUCUAUGUGGAACCACAGGAGAUUUAUGAACAAAAUGAUAACACACUGUUUCAUCAACUAGCGAGAGACGGACUUGCAAGAACUUGACAUUAAAGAACAAACACACUAUGGCAAUUGUGCACACACACAUACAAACACAUACACACGCAAAUGUGCAUACAUACAAACAAAAGGAAAACAGGGUCUUGUAC